UAAAUAAAGUUGUUAAGUAUAAUUUUAAAUAUGAUUUCAUUUUUUCUGAUAAUUUGUGAUAGAGAUAAAGAUGAUAAUAUAGAUUUUUUUUGAUAAUUCGUGAUAGAGAUAAAGAUAAUAAUUUACGGCUUUCUAAAUGGAUUUAAAGAUUUUACACGUAGCAUAUUUUUUACGUGCUUCUCCUAAGUUACCUUUUACGACAGAUUGGCUAUUAAAAGGAACAUAUAUAUAAAAUGAUACUGGAUCUACGUAUCGUUUUUAUAUUUUUAAUAACAAAUAUCGUUUGCUUUGCAUAUGAUUGUUUCUUACAAAAUGAUAAUUAUAGAUGCAAACUUGGAACAAAAACACCUUACAGAUUUAUAGGUUAUCAAAAUGAUACACCUAUCGAAUAUCCAGGAUGUAAGCCAAAAAAAAUUUGGUUAGUUUUAAGACAUGGUACACGAUAUCCUGGAAAGAAAAAUGUACCUAAUAUGAUAAAGAAUCUACCAGAAUUGCAGAAAAUUAUAUUAAAUAAUUAUAAAAUGAAUAAAACCGAUUUAUCUCAUGAUACUAUAAUUAAAUUAAAUAAAUGGAAGUUAAAGUUCACAAAGGAUGAUAUGAUGAAUCUUGCAAAGGAAGGAGAAAAUGAAAUGAUCGAUCUUGGCGAGAGAUAUCAAUCUAGAUUUCCUACUAUUAUGCCAGAAACAUAUCAUAAAAAAUCUUAUAAGUUCAAAUAUACUGCAACACAAAGAACUGAAGAAAGUGCUAAACACUUUGCCGCUGGUUUAUUUGGUUGGCACAAUAGUAAAAAUGUUCGGUAUCCUAAACCAAAACAUAAAGAUCCUGUUCUAAGGUUUUAUAAACUUUGUACUCGCUGGCGUCAUGAAGUUCAGAAAAAUAAAUCUGCGCACAUUGAGAAAACAAGAUUUUUGAAAAGUGAAAUUUUGGCAACUACAGUGAAAAAUGUUUCAAAAAGAAUCGGUCAUCGAGUCAAUUAUGAAACUGUACAUUUGAUUUACUCCAUGUGUGCCUUUGAAACUGCAUGGUACAAGGAUGUAGAUUCACCUUGGUGCGAACUAUUGUCAUUGGAUGAUUUUAAGAUUCUUGAAUUCACAGAUGAUAUAGGAUAUUAUUGGAUCGAUGGAUAUGGAUACAAGAUCACUUAUGAACAAGCAUGUGUAGUUUUGUUGGAUAUUUUCAACUUUUUCUCGGAAGACAACGAUACAUUAGCGUCGGUAUAUUUUACACAUUCUGGAACUAUCCUUAAGUUCUUAGCACGAUUAGGAGUAGCGAAGGAUAAGACUCCAUUAACGCAUGAUUCAUUUCGAUUACACGUAGAUAACAGAGCUUGGAGAACUACGUACAUCGACGCUUUUGCGUCAAACAUAGCUUUCGUUUUGUACGAUUGCGAAUCGCAAGGGCCCAGCGUUCUUUUUAUGCAUCAAGAACGUGUUGUAUAUUUACCAAAUUGUCCUAAAAAUAUGCCAUGUCCAAUGUCAACGAUGAAAGAUUUAUACCCGAGUACGGAGGAAGAUUGUCAAUUUGAUGUUAUGUGUAAUUUGUCUGAAAACGAUGUCUCAUUAUCGAUUUGAGAAAGGACUGUCAUUAAUCAAUGUUAACGUCAUAAGACAGGCUCAGAAUAUAAUUAGAAUUUGAAAGAGAUUUUAUUUCCUAUGCGUAUACAGUUUCACACAAGUGAUUAGUGAAACUUAGGUAAUACGAAUAAUAAUAAAAGCAAAUUUUAAUCGGUA